GCUGAGCUAGUUACAGAGAGCCGGAGACAGAGGCGGACGCAGAGAGAGAGAGAUGGAGCGAGUGGCGACGUUGGUGGGAGUGGCGGUGGCGCUGUUACUGGCGGCGGUGAUGCUGCCCGAGGUGGCGGCGGUGAGGUACAUGGUAGGGGCGGGCAUGGGCAACGGGUGGGCCACCAACGUCAACUACACCGUUUGGGCUCAAGACAAACACUUCUACAAUGGCGACUGGCUCUUCUUUGUGUACGAUAGGAACCAAUUGAACGUGCUCGAGGUGAACGAGACGGACUAUGAGUCGUGCAACUCCGAUCACCCAUUGGUGAACUGGACCAGAGGAGCAGGGAGGGACGUCGUCCCACUGAACGUCACGAGGCCUUACUAUUUCAUCAGCGGCAAAGGAUUUUGCUACGGAGGAGCGAAGCUUGCUGUCAAUGUAGAAAACGCACCACCUCCUCCCGUGGCCUCCCCAGAGAAGAGCGGAUCCCCAGCUUCCUUUUACGGGGGACGGAUUGUCCUACCGACGGUUUUCGCAGUCGGCGCCAUGUGGGACGCGUUCCUCCGGUUCUGCUAGCCUGCAAACCGCUCGAGAAUCUGCUUUCCACGACAUCAGCCGCAAUUCCUUUAAUUCCUCUGAAGUGAAAAGAAACCAGGUUGUUUUCUUCUUGUUCUUUAUUUAGGAGGAGAGCUGUUUGAGGGGUCUUUCUUCAUGUUAGUCGUUGACCUGAGUUUGGUUUGGUUUGGUUUGGUUUGAUUGAGGGGGAUAGCGUGAGUUGUGCUGGAACCUUGUGACCGUGGUGUUGGGUCUCAAAGACCUGAACACCAAACCUUCAGAAAAAGAAAAAAAGAAGAGUUAUAUAUUGUUUCCGCUAGGACUGUGUGGUUUUUCCAAGAUUGAAGUCAUAAUUUUAUGUUG